CUAGGCUACUGUUUCAAAACAAAAUGGCGGAAGAACGAGGCAGAAGUUUGCUGAAGGUUUGAAUUUAGAAAGUCAUUUUAAGUUUAUUAACAAUGAGCUACCUGCUUCAGAGGCUAAAAACCAAGAAAGAUGUCGAUAAUGCUAUCAAAAAUACAGAAGAUAAAGUUCUGGUGUUGAGAUUUGGUAAAGAAAAGGAUGCCGUGUGUAUGCAGCUUGAUGACAUCCUUUCAAAGACCUCCCAAGAGCUGGCACGAAUGGCAGAUAUUUUUAUCGUAGAUGUUGAUGAUGUCCCCGUCUACACGAAAUACUUCGAUAUCACUCUUAUACCUGCUACAAUAUUAUUCUUCAAUGGACAACACAUGAAAGUAGACUAUGGGACUCCAGAUCACACUAAGUUCAUUGGAAGUUUCAAAACAAAGCAAGACUUCAUUGAUCUUGUUGAGGUUGUUUUACGAGGAGCACUGAGAGGCAAGCUUAUCGUUACCUCUCCCAUUGACCCAAAAAAUGUACCUAAAUACACCUUGUUGUACAAGGACAUUUGAAUGGCUGAAUAAAUGUCAAGCAAGAAGGGAUUGAAAAUUUCAUCGUUUUGUGGACUGAAGUGAAAGAACAGUGUUUUCAAGAGGAGAAAACCCUUUUAUUGGAUCAACUGCAAGAAGAACAAUGUUUUCUUUGUGUAUUUUACCUUUGACUGUCUUAUGAUUUUGAUAUCAUCUCUAAAAUACAAGUCAGGCCUUGUGUGUCACUGGCAAGGAGAAAGAUGAUGUAGGUUAGAGAAAGAGUUAUAUGGCAACUAAGGAAGUAAAGGAGGAAAGAGUCAAAAUCAUGAGUGUAACUUUUGGUGCAGUGGUUUUUGAAUCAUUGUACCAAUUAUUACACUGUUUAUUCUAUGUAGCUUUGAAUUACACACCAUUACGCCAGGAAGAAGCUUGCAGAAGGUAGCAACUGCACAGUCAAGAGCUCAAAAAGAAUAUGUGAGGGCUGUUUCUUGAGGACGACAGGUGAUGAUAGCUUAAAUGAGCUAGUAACAUUUACACACUCAGCAACUUAAGAUUAGAUAUACUAAACCCUACCUCUUUGAGAAGGAAACAAAACUAUCUGAUAGAACUGUAAAGGGGCAAACAAAAUAUCCCAAACCUCCCCUCCCUUCUCUCUGUAGAUUGGAAAAGGGGUCACAGAGAAAAAAGCUCCCAACCCUCCCUCCCCCACUCUAAAAAUAAAUAUACGGUUAGUGACAUUUUGUGAUUUAAUGAGAGUUCAAAGUAUGGAAAAGAGAAGAAACGUUUUUGAAUCAGCCCUGUGGGAGGAAUAGGACAGCUUAAUUGGUUUAGCGUAAGCCCGGCUGUUUGCCAAUGAUUACUGAUAAUCCUGCUCUGUUCUUAAGAUAAUACAUUAAUCCAUGUUGAGACCCAUGGUUCUUAAGAUUUGUUAUUUAAUGGCAUAUUUAUCCAAUAUACAGAGGUAGUAGUUAACAUCAAUUGGUUUCUAGCACUAGUAUCUUGGUCUUAUGAAAUAGAUUCUUCGUAGUAAAAGUUUGAUGUACCUGUUGUUCUUUGAGGUUAGAAGUAAAUGACGCGCUUAUCGUAAAAUGCAAA